GCUUGCUUGUGGGAAAUUGUUGGGUCUUUGUAAAUUUCUUUUUUUAAAUCUUGACCUGUAUUCAAUGAACUGUGAGUGUUUUUCAAACAUCUUGCUCAUUAAAUCUUUGUGGUUUGCAUUUUUUAAGCUUUAUGUGUUCCAUAAACAUGCAGCCUAAUGUUGUUAUCUACUUGCAACACAUGUGCAACACCCCUAGCUUUUACACAAACACAUAGUUCACACACACACACACACACACACACACAUUGAACCGAGUUUGAAUAAACCCUGCCAAAGAUAAAUGCGGAGCACUGUAAUGAAAAAUCUUAAUUUGCUGCCAAUUUUGGCCCUGGCGAGUUUGUUCAUCAAGAUAAGUGGAUCGAUCUCUCUUCGGCCAGUGCUGACUGGUCCUGACAUGGCCCACCUCAGCUCGAGGGUUGUUUUCCAGUGUAUUGCACCAGACUCCUCUCUGCCAGUCACCUAUGAGCUGAUGGGGGAUGGGGGUGUCCUGAUUGACACGGUUGCUGAUCUCCAAGGGGACCAACCUGCCUCAUUCAACCUUAAGGUCACUGCAUCAUCGGAGGGGUCAUACCACUGCAAGGCGACGACAGGAAGAAGCACGGGAGUCAGCGAGAGCAUCAACCUGAGUGUAGUCACUCCACCAUCAAACACCAGAGUGACUUCUGAACCCUUUCCCCCCGUCGCAUAUGAGGGGUCACGCGUCGUACUGAGCUGCAGCGUCACAAAAGGCUCCCACCUUUCCUACACCUGGUUUUUCAACAGGAAGGAAGUAACAUCUUUAACCUCUCCCCUCCUUCUCCUCACUGCGAACAAACUAGUGAUGAGCAAUGUGGCUCCAGAGCAUGCUGGGUACUAUUCUUGCAUGGCUUGGUCCAGGGCGCAGGACACCAGGUUUUCCAGCAGCUCAGAGGUCCAGGUGACGGUCAAAGUCUACGUUUCCAAACCAAGAAUCUAUUUCUACAUCUCUAAAGAGGGAGCCAGUCAUCGUGGCAACGUGACCUGCUGGUCAACAAGAGGGAGUCCUCCGGUCAACAUCUCUCUUUUACUAGAUGACAAAGAAGUGGGAUCUGUCACAGCUACUGAAUCCCUCGCCGCCUGGUUCCCUGUCGCCAUGGAACCCGGGCUGGACAUGGGCUUGGCUCGGUGUCGGCUGACUACUGAGGUUCAGGAGUUGAUGAGUGAGCCUGUGACUCUGGAAGUGGUCCCAGUCGGAGGUGAUGUGAAAGUGGAGGUUGAAUAUCUCUACAGAGCUGACUCCAAAAUGGCCGCCGCCAUGUUGAGCUGUCAAAUCAGCAGAGGAACUUUCCCUUAUGUCUCCUGGCUCUUGAACGACUCUGUCCUUCCCUCUGAGACACAUGAGGACUCCCAUAUUCAGCCUGUCCUGUCUCACUAUGCCCUAACGGACCGUAGACAAACCCUUGUUCUGGCCAAGCUCAGCCCAGAGGAGUCUGGGUAUUACCGCUGCAGGUCCAGGGACAGCUACGAUGACUCCGGGCCCUGGGUGGAGAGUGCAGCCGUGCUGGUCCGAGUCACAGACUGGAACCUUUGCUCCAUGCCUCGAGCAACGUCUACCACUGAAUCACCACCAAAGGUUUUCAUGAACACCAUAGAGGUCAUUAGCAUAGCCUUCUGCUGCCUCCUUCUUCUGAUGUUGCCAGUGGGGGUAGGCUGUGUGUACAAGAUGUUUGACAACAAGCAAGGCCAUGCCCACAUUGCUACAACAAAUCCCACCCCUGAUGCACUUCCUUUGUCUGCACUCAUGUCCCAGUCAGGAGACGAACAGGACGAUACAGACUGGGAUUCUGUGGGAUUCUAGAUGGCGCAGAAACUCUUGAAUCUUUAUAAGACAAAAUCCACUCUUUAAGAAUGGACAAAAAAAUGUUUUUGGAAUUCAACUUUAUUGACCGUCUCUGUAUGCUUGAAAUGAAAUGAAGUGAAUGUUUUUAAUUAUUAUAUGAGAAACAAUGUGGCAUAAGGACAGUUAUCUUUCUCUCUCUCUGUUAGACCGUAGAGAUCACAGUAUAAUACAGGAGGAACUUACACCUCCCAUCAAAUUGUUCACCUCUUCAUUCAAAUUGUUUAUUAUGUCAUUUAAAAUCUGCAGCUAUAUUUGCAGGUACAAUUGUGCCUUUUCCUGAGCUUCCAUGUUGCAAGUUGGUGGAACUGGUGGAACAUAAAAAAAAAUAAA